CCAGGUUGGUGACGUCACACACACGGCUUCAUCUCGAAAGAAAGCGUAUUUUACAUUGUAAUAUAACAUUAAAUAUUGAUUUGAGUUUUUAAAUUAAUUAGACUGUAAUCCAACGAUCUCGGACCACAGAGCGGCGGUUAUGUACUAUUGAAGUUUGAUACUGCCAAAUUAGAACCGAAGAAGAAGUUGAAGAAGAAGGCGUUGUCGUAUCAAGGUCAUCAGCCGUCAUGACUACCAAGAGUGGACUUAUAACCGACUCAUUUAAGGUUGUGAAGAAGGAAAGAAAAGUGACAAAAAAGGAUGAGCAACCCACUGCUCCUUCAGCACAGGACACUGAAACCGCAACGUGCCGAAAUGAAGAGGAAGACAAACUGAGACAGUUUGACCUGGACUGGAGAUUGGGCCCCUGUACAGGGAUCAGCAGGCUUCAGAGAUGGGAGAGGGCAAAGCUUCAUGGUUUGAAUCCCCCUGAGGAGAUCCGGGACUUGCUGCUGCGAAAACAAACCGAUCAAGAAUACAACCUGAGCUUAUGGAGUGAAUAUCCUUUGUGAUUAUGAAUGAAGAAGAAAACCAGCAUCAAGGAUUUAGCAUAUUUUCACCAAUUACACCGGGUGUCCCUAAAGUCUGGACAAAUAAUAUACAUAUCUUAUGCAAAAAAAGUUGUAAUUAUUAAUUAACUAAUAAAUAACAAAUAAAUAAUACCUGAAAUAUGUUAAUUAUUUUAAAAAUAAUUCAAAUGAAAUACUUUUACAAAUUUAAAUAAAAAUAGUAAAAACAUAUGUGUAUAUACAGUAUGUGUGUGUAAUUGCAUAAUAUAUGCAUUUAAGCCUAUAUGUCUAAUUGUAUAAUAUAUGCAUUUAUGCCUAUGUGUCUCAUUGUAUAAUAUAUGCAUUUAUGCCUAUGUGUCUAGACUUAAGGACACCACGUGGUUACAUACACUACUGACCGACAUGCACAAUUUAAUGAUGUAAAAUUUGUCACAGAGGUGUUACUUCAGCAAAAAAAUGUCUUAAUACAUUUGUACUUUGCAAUGCUGUAUAAUGACAUUAUUAUUUUGGUUAGAUGUUAUGCUAAUGCUUAAUAUACAGCAACUGUAUAUUGUGGUUGUAGUUUUCUGUGGUGUACAACUGCACUGCAUGUGCACAGUUGUGUUUUUAUUGUUGUAUUUUCUGUUUCCGCCUGUGUUUUCUGUUUGAAAAUGUUAAUGUAAUACAUUAAAAUGAUGUUAUA